AUGCCCGACACCAUGCUGCCUGUCUGCUUCCUUGGCCUGCUGGCCUUCACCUCCGCUUGCUACUUCCAGAACUGCCCGAGGGGCGGCAAGAGGGCCAUGUCCGACCUGGAGCUGAGACAGUGCCUCCCCUGCGGCCCCGGGGGCAAAGGGCGCUGCUUCGGGCCCAGCAUCUGCUGCGGGGACGAGCUGGGCUGCUUCGUGGGCACGGCCGAGGCGCUGCGCUGCCAGGAGGAGAACUACCUGCCGUCGCCCUGCCAGUCGGGCCAGAAGCCGUGCGGGAGCGGGGGCCGCUGCGCCGCCGCCGGCAUCUGCUGCAACGACGAGAGCUGCGUGACGGAGCCCGAGUGUCGGGAGGGCGCCGGCUUCCGCCGCCGCGCCCGCGCCAGCGACCGGAGCAACGCGACCCAGCUGGACGGCCCGACCGGGGCCCUGCUGCUGCGGCUGGUGCAGCUGGCGGGGGCGCCCGAGCCUGCCGAGCCCGGCGUCUACUGAGCCCCCCGCCCCGCCCGCGCGCUCGCCCCGCUCGCCCUCGCAGCACGAAAA